AUGGCUUCCAGCAGCACCGACUCUGGCUCUGGGUACGGACCUGAGCACCGUCAAUUGACAAGCACUGAAGCGGAAGUGCUCGGGCUGUUUCGGAGGUUACUCCAUUUGGUGGCUUCGGACGCGACGAUUGAUCUCGGAAAUCUAGAAGAGUUUUCUGUCAUAAUUCGACAAUUGUGUGAGGAGGUCCCCGAGAUCGCUGAUGCAUUGGCAACGGCAAUCCAGGAGGCGAGGAGUGGCAUCAACAACUCUCUUCAGCAAAAUCACAACAUGGUGGAAAAGAGUACCAGCCACGCCACGAAUCGCAGGCGCAUGUCGGGCAAGGAUCUUUCCUACCGACCACCCAAGUCUGCAAAGGCCAAGACGACAGACUUCAGUUCCAAGAGCGAUUCUGGCCCCCCCGAAACCGGUGAAGUUCACUUCUCGGUUGAAAAAUCUGCCGCCAAUGAUACCCAAUCGUCAUCGGUUCAAAGCGCUGGGGCCGAUAUGGACGGGUCGAGUGAGGGUGUCAAUGCACCCCGACCCGAGGAGACGUCGCUGCCGGAUCAACAACCAGGCUUUACUCAGGAUGUCAUUGACCGAGACGAAGACACCGCCGACCGCCGAGGAACCGCCGUUGAAGCAAGCAAGGACAUGGAGAAGAGAAUUGAGACAACGGAAGAAGCACACAACUAUGCUGAGAACACGCAAGCGGUUGUCUUGCCUCGACUGUCGACGCCUCUCGCAAAGACCGAUCCAGUAGUGCUCACUCCCAUGAAGCCGGUUGAGGGCGCGUCGCCACAAACGGAAGAGAUUCAUCGAGAGAGAAUCUUGACACCACUUGAAAGCGUUGCGUCACCUCCUGUGUUGGAAUCAGGAUCACCCUCGCUCGAAACCGAUUCCUUCAUGGACCUCGUCAUUGAGGCAGUGGGGGUCAUCCAUCAGCUCAAGAAGUACCCGGACGACGUUGCGGCGGGGGUCCAUUCCAGAAUUCUCCAGACACACCGGAGAAACAGUCAAGAGGUAGCUUCCGGGUUGACCCUGGAUCAAAGGUGGUCUGAUGGAUCAACGUGGAUCCGCAUACUCGAAAAUGGGUCGGCACGGAAUCAGAAGGGUACGAUCCUCAGUAUGAUAGAAUAUAUGGGGUUCUGGGAGUGGUACGAUGAACAAAUCCAUCUGGCGAUGAAGACAAUCCGCACCCGAAAGGGUAAGUUGGUGGAUCAUAAAGGCGCGGCUACCCAUGUACUGGAUUCCAUGCAGAACAUGCCAUCCGGAGCCGGACCUCGAGGGAAAUGGAUCAGUGGCGUCGGCAGUGUGACAAUUGAGAAUGAAGGGAACACCGCCGAUCUUUCUUCCACUGAGAAGAGCGAGAGUGUCAUCGUCACGAAGGAUCGACAACUUCGGAGGCGAAUAAAGGUGCAACUCAGCAGGGGUCAAAAAUUGAGCAAGACGCUAGUCAAAGAGCUGAGCCUAGGGAUUCUUUUCAGCCCGAAAAUCUGGGAAUACACUAAGAUGGAGGGGAAGCAGCUCGAUAAGUUGAUCGGGAACAUUCAGUCAGAUCCGCGACGGAUGCAACUGCUCGGAAUCCUCGGCGCACAGCUCGAGCGGUUGGUCGGCGAAGGACAACCUGAUCUCCACGCCUUGUACGAUGGACUGCGCCAAGAGAUGCUCGUAUCGCAGAAGGAGCUCGAGCACCUGCGCGUAACCUUUGCUUUAGAUUCGGAUCCGAUGCCAAAAGGUACCUUAGAUAUAGCAGUCCGCAGGUUGAUCGGAGACGUCAGCACCAAGGUCCUAGGAAAGCAUAAGCUCACAGACGUCGACGCUGUGGCGGUGAACAACAUAUCGGUGACCUGUGACACAUUCGACAGACUUCGGUACGGAGAAUGGCUGAAUGACGACAUGAUCAACCUCGCUAUGAAUAUAUCAGAUAAGCCCGACUUCGUAAAGCACGGCUACAGUGUCCCGCUGGACAAAGUCGGGAAGACCAGAACGGUAGUACCUAUCAUUCGACCACUCGCGGCUUGGGCUCGGCGAAUCAACCGCCUUCGUGGAGGAGAGAGAAAUAGAUUUCAAGGUACGACUCCGUUGGUACACUUCUGCCCAUUAAACCAUUGUGGUGCACACUUCACGCUACUUGAGAUCAACGAUCAGGAGAGGGUAAUCCGUCACUAUGACUCAAGGGCGGAUCAAGCCACGAUCAAUGGUAGUGGAAAGCAGACGAGGGUCGCUCGGCUGGUAGAGGAAGAGUUUGCAGACUUGAAAUAUGCGUACAUUGAAGCGCCUACACCACAGCAGGCCGAAACCUGGAGCUGUGGUAUCAGGGUUGUCUGGAAUUUCAAGUUAUUGUCGAAUGGUCUCUCCAUCGGAGGAUGGGAUAUUGUGCUGGAUCCCGAGCGCAUGAAGAUGGAGCUUGUGGAAGGCUUUCACGCUUCUGUACAGGCGGACGCUAUGAGCAAAUACACGAACGAGUGCGCCGAACCUUCGAGCGAUUCGGAGCAGAGUUGCGCUAAGAAGUCAAAGAAGCGCCGCAGGAUGAAUUCGUCGGCAGUGGCUCAACGGCCAACUCGAAAGGCCGCCACCAAGUGA